AUGGCCACCCCCGAAUCAACCCGCAACUUCGGCGACGUCGCCGCAGAUGCCCUCAACGACUUCACCACCCAAAUCUUCGGCGGCCUAGACACCGUGGUCCGGCGCUUCUGCCGCAACUUCUACAGCACCUUCAUCAACGUGAGCGCCUACCGCUGGACGCGGAUCGCGCUGAUCGUGAUCGGAUACCUCCUCAUCCGGCCGUACAUCGAGAAGCUGUUCAAAUGGAGCCACGAUCGCUCUAAGCGGAAGGAGAAGGAGAAGAAGGAGAAGGAAAGGGAGAAGCAGAAGGCUAGUGGGAAGAAAGCGAAGAUGUCGGCCAACACGCUGAGGGGUGGACGAGGAGGUGCUGAGAGUGGGAAGGUGCUUGGGGAGGUGGAGAAUACGGAGGAUGAACUCGGAUCGGAGGAUGAGGAGGGUGAGAAUAUGGCUAAUGCGUCUGGUGUGCCGGAGUGGAAUAAGAUGGCGCGCAAGCGGCAGAAGAAGUAUCUCAAGAAUCUUGAGAAGCAGGCGUAUGCUAGUGCGGAGAGCUUGACGGAUGAUCAGGUGCUGGAGCUGUUGGAUUGGAGUGAGGAGGAUGAUGCGAAGAAGGCAUGA